CGACGCCCACAGGCGUCGUCGUCGCCGGCCGGUCAGCACCGGCCAGGCUUUCACCCGGUGCAGCCACUCCCACGCAGCAGGCCGAGGUCGACCCGUACCUCCAUUGGACCGCGCACCCCCCACACAACGAGCACGCCACUGCUGUUUAGGGCCACCCGCAAACCUCCUCGACGAUGGGCCUGCAGAGACCAGAUCGGGUCCUGCACCCCGCAUCCAACCGCGGCAGAGCCACCCAGCUCCAACAAGCGGCAACCGGGCACCACCACCAGCCGGCAGUGCCCCUCCCGGGCCGCCAGCCAUGGACCUCCGACCAGCAACCGUCUCCUUCCGGCCCCCUGUACUCCAGAGCAGCAGAACGGGGCAGAGAAAACUACCCAUCUUGCGGUGCCAAGGCCGGAUCCGUGGCGUCCAGGCUUGCCCGCAGGGCCGCCGAGCGAAGACCACCGGCCCCUGCCCACCAGAUCUGCACCGGCGACCAACACGCCGCACCCAUGGCCGCACUCCGCGCCCAGCCACACGCCUCCUCGCGCCCCGCCGCGCCCAGGCCGCGCCUCCACCCUGCUCGCAGGCCAGCACCACCGCUGCCUUGACCUCACGCCGCCGCGACGCCUCUGCCAACGGCCCGCCUCCUCACCAGAUCCGGGCGCGAGGGCCCCGGAUCCUCCGCCUCGCAGCCAGCCGCCAGACCACCUCCGCGAGGGAGGCGCACGCCAACCCCGCGCGCGACCUGGGGCCGCUGCCCCAGCCUUCCAGCGCCAGCCAACGCCAUCCCGAGCGCCAAUGUGCCCGAGCUCCCUCCAGGAGCGGCCGACCCGCGCCGUACCAUCUCCAGCGGAAAGGGGAAAAAAGGGCCCCGCCGCCGCCGAGCCGCAGGCUUUGCCCGGCGACUCCUGCCGGCGGCGGCGAGGGGCGGGGGCGCGGUGGUUGUGGCUUGCGGCGGCGGCUAGGUUUUGCUCCUGGCCGCCCGCGGGAGCGACCGAGGAGCGACCCGUCGGGAGCCUCCCCGGGUCUGCUUGCCUCUUUAUUUCUAAGGGCAAAGUUCCGGUACUCUCUGUUGAAGCUAUUCAUCAGUUGCACAUAUUUAUCUUCAUCUUGGCGGUCACUCAUUUUGUUCUCAGUGCUUCUACCAUUAUUCUAGGAAUUAUGCAGACGAGAAAUUGGCAUCACUGGGAGAGCAAGAUUCAUGCAAAUGGUGAUAAUGCUCCUGAAAUGAUCAAGCAUGUUCAAGAGUUCAAGUUUAUUCAAGACCAUUUUAAAGGUCACAGAAAACGGUGGAGGAUAUUUGGUUGGAUGUGUUCAUUCUUCAAACAAUUCUAUGGAUCGGUCACUGAGGAAGACUACACAACAAUGCGACUUGGUUUCGUCAUGAAACACUGUAACCCAACAUUCAAUUUUUACAAUUACAUGAUCAGAGCGUUGGAGGUUGAUUUCAAGAAGGUUGUUGGUAUUAGCUGGUACCUCUGGGCAUUGCUCAUGAUAUUCUUGUUGUUGAAUGUGCAAGGUUUGUAUGUCUACAUUUGGAUAUCGUUGGUUCCAUUCAUUAUGCUACUUUUGGUUGGAAGCAAGAUGGAGCACAUCAUAACGGAAUUGGCUUACGAGGUUGCACAAAAGCAUACGGCGAUUCAAGGAGAUUUAGUAGUGGCUCCUUCAGAUGAUUUCUUUUGGUUCCAUCGGCCAAAAUUGGUCCUUUUGUUGAUCCACGUCGUCCUAUUCCAAAACGCAUUUGAGAUUGCACUAUUCUUUUGGCUGUUGGUGACAUAUGGAUUUAAAUCAUGCAUCAUGGGAAAUCGAGCAUAUGCUAUAUCUCGAGUUGUCAUAAGUGUCAUUAGCCAACUCGUUUGUUGUUACAUCACCCUACCGCUUUAUGCCAUCGUCUCUCAUAUGGGGAGUUCUUUCAGAAGAGUUAUGUUUGAUGAAAAUGUGACUGAAGGCCUUGUCAACUGGGCUGAAAAAGCUAGGAGACGCACAAGAAUCCCAAGUAAAACACCUGCAGACGUAGGCAACUCACAAGUUGACGAGGCAAGUGGUGUUGCAGUUCAAAUAACAAAUGCACAUGCAGACUCAUUGGUGCAGUAAAGGACUUCUAGGCUAAUUGCAUAUUUUGUAUAUGUCCAUUCUUGCAAUACUACAAUUUCUUUUACUUGUACAAUGGAAAUCUACAAUUACAUGACACAUAUGUUUGGAUAAUUGUGGUUCUUGA